AUGGCAGGGUUUGGGAGUGUCGUGAUGCCACUGCUGCUGCUGCUGCUGCCGCUACUACUAAUGCUCGAUCAGUCGAGUGUCUGCCAAGGGUUGCAGCUGUGUGCCUUAAGACCGACGUUUGACGAGGCAGUUGAAGAGUGUGCCCUGCUGCUGUCAAUUUGUCCCGCAAAGUUGGUUACACUGCGCGUCGGGAACCUUCCGAGUGAUGCCGAAACGAAGCGGUUAAUACGCUGCGUUGGCGUACGGUGCCGGUUCUGGAGUGAUUACACCGGACUGCGGCAGGAUCUGGUGGCACGGUACUUCGUUGCCGACCGGAAUGACACACUGUGCAUCAACCGUACGACGGCCUGUCUGGAGAGUGUUGCCAAACGGUCGGUCGAUCCGUUCGAUCGGGAGAACUGCUGCGAUCUAGCGUACCGGUCGUUUCUGUGUUACUAUCAUAAUUACGGCAACUUGCGACGUACUCGACAGUUUAUCCCACUGGACCGUAUGCAGCUGGUACACGUGACGGCGCAGUGUAUGGACAUGUUGCAGAUUUCGGUCGAGGAUCUUGCGGACCUCACCGUGGAUGAGAUGGAUGACAGCGACCGUUUACACUGCCUGGUUCGGUGCAUUGGUAUACGCACGGAGCUUUACAGUGACAAGAUGGGUGUUAAUGUGGAUCUUAUGUAUGCACAGUACGGGGAGGGUUACACGGAAAAGAACUAUAAAGCGAACGCGUACAGAUGCGCCAAGCAGUACAGUAAAGGUAAAUCGAGUGACAAUCUGUGCCGAAGGGCGUAUCAUCUGCUGUACAAGUGCUUUGAGCAUGUUCGUAAUCCCAUUACUCAAUACGAGUUGGAGGAUGAAGUGUGA